AUGGACCAUUUAACAGAAAGAAAUAUGAGUAUUGCCUUAAGCACUGUUGCCUUUGCAUUUACUCUUAUCAAAUGCACCUCCUAUUUAAUUCAGGAUAAGGAUAAGGAUCUUCCUCCUCUGGUUCCAUACAGGAUUCCUUUUAUUGGAUCUACUUUUAAAUAUUACUUGAACCCGCCUGCUUUUACAAGACAAUUUACUGAGAAAUAUGGGUCUGUGUUUCGUAUGCAUUUACAUGGUGAUUUAGUGACAGUAGUUGGAGCAGGAGAGGCAGACGAAGUAUUCCAUCAUCCAGACCUUAGUUUUUUAGCAAGUCAAAGCAAGUUUCUCAGUAAUGCAUUCUUUCAUGGAGGAACUGAGUUUACACUUCCAGAAAAUACGAUUCAUGAAGCUAUCAUGAAACACUUGACACCCAAUCUAAAAGAAUAUAGUCCUAGAGCAUUUGAAAUAUUUCUUAAAGACGUAAAUACUCAAGAAAAAGAAUUUGAAAAAUCAGACUUGUUGCCCUUUUUCAGAAGCUUUGUAGCAAGAUACAGUGCUUCUGCUUUUGUCGGUCUUCAUUUGUGCCAGGACAAGGAUCUAAUGAAUGUGUUUGAGAAUGCAGUAGCAGAUAUCAGUAAAGAUUUUAAGCCAAGUGCAUUGCGUGUGGUUUUCCCCUUUUUUAAUCAAAUCUAUAUGCGACUUAGUUAUUUCCAUCAAAAUGCAACUACAUUGAAAAGAUAUCGCAUCAUCAUCAAAAACGCAUUAAGGAAAGAAAUCCUAGGACGAGAUAAAAAUGAACCUAAUCAAGAUGUACUUGCCUAUUUGUUAGAAAGAUACCCUCAUGAAGUAGAUGAUGCAUACCUUGAGUCACUUACAACAAUUGUCUUAAUCCUUAUCUUUGUGGGCGUUCAUACAACAAGUGAAGCUCUUACUUAUGUCAUGUACUGUCUUGUCAAGUAUCCUGAGUAUAUUCAGGAACUUCGUGAUGAACAAUUAGAGGUUAUCAACGAAGAAUUAGGCCAAGUUACUCAAGAUGAUGUAGUAUAUACGCCAGGUGUUUAUCGACGUAUGAUGAAACUCGAUAGUUUUAUUCGUGAAUGUUUGCGUACUCGCAUGGUAGGCAUUGGACUUGCCCAUACAAACACAAGUCAACAUGAUGUCGUAUUAAAAUCAGGUGCCAUCGUGAACCCAGGCAGAGAAGUCUUUAUUAACAUGCUGGAUGUUCAUUUUGACCGAGAAAACCAGUCUGGUCAAAUCAAUAUUGAUACGUUUGAUGGCUUUAGAUUUGUAGGUCAAGAUAAGCUUGUUACUAAAGCAGGUCAUGACAACAUAGCAUUUGGCAUGGGAAAGCAUGCGUGUCCUGGUCGAUGGUUUGCGAUACAUCAAAUCAAAGGCAUUGUAUCCUAUUUUAUUCGAAAUUAUGAAAUGAUGGCCACAAGUGAAAUUCAUGUUAUGGGUGCUCAAAGUGAUCAUGUUGGAGCACCAAGGGGAUCUGUCAAAUUUACUAAAAUAAACUAA